AUGCUUACCGGCAGACUCAACGACGCAGCCAUCAUCCUGCAUCUCUCUCUUGAUGACAGCAAGAUCAAAUACGCAGUGAUAGGAGGCUACGCCAUCACCCAUUUCGGCGGCAACCGACAGACCAAGGACAUCGACUGCAUUGCAAAUGCCUCCAAGCAGCAGAUCAUCAACUCACUCGAUACAUACGCCGGACUCACCGUAGUCUCGCAAGACCGCGACGACUACGUCGGCAUCUCAUGGUCGGACAGACCAGAUCACAGUGAUGCCGUACUGAUUCACAUUUUCUGCUCAGAGUAUCCCGGUGCUCGAUUUCCCUCGGCUCUAUUCCGGUUCGAGCUGCAUGAAGUAAAGGGUGAUGUCUUUGGUAUCGGCGUGGUAAGUUUCCAUGAGCCUUUUUACUUGUUCAAGGCUGCACUUCGCGCGGCGGAUGCUCGGUCCAAUUUUCUUGAUUCUGUUGAUAUCCGUUGGUUAGUGCAGCGAUACACUACUGAGAUUAAGGUGAGAAAGCACAAGAUUCAUCCUGUGGAUGUUGGCCGUGCGCUCAAGCAACACCCCAGUCUUGAGGGUGUGCUUGAGCCGCUUGGGAUCAAUGUUGCUCAAGCUGAAAUUGCGGCACAGAACUUCAUCCCGUUUGGGGCGUCUUCAGAUGGAGUCAGAGAUUUUCCGAAAGGUUUGUUUGAUAGCUUGGCCGACUCCUGA